AUGUCGCUGCCUCAGCGUCCGGGGAAAGCCUCCCCGCGACGCGAAGAAACGUACUCCUCCUUCCGCGAGUCCUCCCGACGACGGCAUCGCACCCAUGAAAGCGGACAUCAGAAUGAUCCUUUGUCCGGUUCCCCCUCGGGGCACCGCCACCAUCGACAUCACCGCUCGCGCAGCUCCCGAAGACGCGGCGAUGUGGACGAAGAAAGAGGAGAGUUGGGCGCGGAGACCAGGCACAAGAAGACUCUGUCCAAACCGGAACGUAAUCGGGUCGACCCGAACCAUCCACACUACCAUUAUCGCCAAAAGUCACGGAAUAUGCCCACUCAUCCGUCGACGACUGGGGAUGAGCCCUUGAUGGGAACCGGUGGGGAGGGGGAGACAAAUAGCUCCCGGAGUACGGAAUCCAAGGCGAAAGAUGGGGUAUAUGUCACGCAAGGCAAUGUCAAUCAGCCCAUGGAACGACUUCCGAACCGACGUCGCAUCAAGAAGAGGCGAUCAUCGCGCAAGAUCACCCGAAGGGCUGCAGCAGCGGAAAAGAAACGGCAACAAGCGUUGGAACAGGUUCGGCCACCCAGUCCUUGGACCACGUACUGCGCCAUCAUUACGUUCUGGGCCCCGGACUUUGUUCUAAAGUGUUUUGGCAUGCCGCAAAAGGCCCAGCGGAGCGCCUGGCGCGAGAAGAUCGGCUUGAUCAGUCAGAUCCUGCUCGUCGGGGCCUUCGUUGGCUUCCUCACCUUCGGCUUUACAGCGACAGUAUGCGGAACCCCUCCGACGCGGUUGAGGAUCAACGAGGUCAGUAGCAACUACAUGAUCUUCCACGGCAAGGCCUACGACCUGUCCCACUCCACGCACCCGGCCGCUGCUGGGAUUCCCGCCGGGUCCAACGUUCUCUAUGACCUUCCCCACAAAUACGGAGGCCAGGACGGAAGCUUUUUCUUUCAGGAAGUCAACGGAGCCUGCAAGAAUCUGAUCACGCUCGCCGACGGAUCCGAUGUGCCCACCAACUCUGCCGGCGACCUUGCCUGGUAUUUCCCUUGUAAUGCCUUCAACCAAGACGGGUCGUCCAAGCCCAACUACACCGACCCCUAUUAUCUGGGGUGGGCCUGCCACACCUCGGGGACAGCUCGAAAAGCCUUCUACGACCUGAAGAGCUCCGGGGAUGUGUAUUUCACGUGGGACGAUACCAAAAACACGAGUCGCAAUCUGGCCGUGUACGACGGAGACGUCCUGGAUCUUGAUCUCCUGUUAUGGUUCAAUACCUCCCAGGUGAGCUACCCGGCCAAGUUCGAUGAGCUCCGCGAGAACCCCAAGGUGCGCGGGGUCGACCUCACGUACUACCUGCAGACAGGCCAGGAGAAGAAGGUCGGCCAGUGUUUAUCGCAGAUAAUCAAGGUUGGCAGUAUCGACACCGAUACCGUGGGGUGCAUUGCAUCCAAGGUGGUUCUUUAUGUGUCGUUGAUCUUCAUCCUGUCGAUUGUCGUGGUCAAGUUCGCGUUCGCCCUGCUCUUCCAGUGGUUCAUCGCCGCUCGGUACGCGGCUCCGAGGACCAGUAUGGGCACGGAUUCCAAGACGCGCAAUCAGCAGAUCGAGGAUUGGUCCAACGAUAUUUAUCGGCCCGGUCCCCGCAUGACGGAUCACAAUAUGAGCGAACGGGGUAAACGGGCGAGUUUUCUUCCCACCACGUCGCGCUUCUCGAGCCCGUACACCGUGAGCAACGGAGGGAAGCAGAAAUACCAGUACGUGACGAUGGCAAGCCAGAAUUCCACGACUCGGCUGGUGCCCGGUGCCACCAACUCGCUCUACAGGCAAAGCCAUAACAGCAGCGGUGGCAGUCUGGGGCUCGAGGGCUCCCGCCAUAAUGGAUCGGCCAGUCGAUCCAGCUUAGCCCUGGGACAGGAUUCGCGCUACUCGACCGGCAUGCUGGAAUCGGAAGUUCCCGGCAUGGGCGGAUAUGUUCACGAGGGGGUUAUUCCGCAGCCACCUCCAGAGUGGCAGCCGUACGGGUUCCCUCUGGCGCACUCGCUCUGCCUGGUGACAUGUUAUUCGGAAGGCGAAGAGGGUAUCCGUACCACGUUGGACUCGAUCGCCAUGACCGACUAUCCGAACAGCCAUAAAACCAUUCUAGUGAUCUGUGAUGGAAUGAUCAAAGGCAAAGGCGAGCAAUUCUCCACGCCGGAGAUCGUCCUCGGCAUGAUGCGGGACCCCAUUAUCCCAAAGGAUGAGGUGCAGCCGUUUUCAUAUGUGGCGGUUGCCACCGGAUCCAAGCGCCACAACAUGGCGAAGGUGUAUGCCGGCUUUUACGACUAUGGGGUGGACUCGAUCAUUCCGGAGGAAAAGCAGCAACGCGUCCCCAUGAUGAUCAUCGUCAAGUGCGGCACUCCGGCGGAGGAGAACAAGUCGAAGCCGGGCAACCGGGGCAAGCGAGACAGUCAGAUCAUUCUGAUGUCGUUCCUGCAGAAGGUCAUGUUCGAUGAGCGGAUGACGGAACUCGAGUUUGAGAUGUUUAAUGGGCUGUGGCAGGUGACAGGCAUCGCGCCGGAUUUCUACGAAGUCAUCCUGAUGGUGGACGCGGACACCAAGGUAUUCCCGGACAGCCUGACGCAUAUGAUUUCCGCGAUGGUCAAGGAUCCGGAAGUCAUGGGGCUGUGCGGGGAAACGAAGAUUGCCAACAAGACGGACAGCUGGGUGACGAUGAUCCAGGUAUUUGAAUAUUUUGUCUCGCACCAUCAAGCCAAGGCGUUCGAGUCGGUGUUUGGAGGUGUGACGUGUCUGCCCGGGUGCUUCUCGAUGUACCGGAUCAAGGCACCGAAGGGGGGCCAGAACUACUGGGUCCCGAUCCUGGCGAGCCCGGAUGUCGUGGAACAUUACUCGGAGAACGUGGUGGACACGUUGCAUAAGAAGAACCUGCUUUUGCUGGGGGAGGAUCGGUAUCUGUCGACGCUGAUGCUGCGGACCUUUCCGAAACGGAAACAGAUUUUCGUCCCGCAGGCCGUGUGCAAGACGCAGGUGCCGGACAAGUUCAAGGUGUUGCUGUCGCAACGCCGGCGCUGGAUCAACAGUACCGUGCACAAUCUGAUGGAGCUGGUCCUGGUCCGGGAUCUGUGUGGGACGUUCUGCUUCAGCAUGCAGUUUGUCAUCUUCAUUGAGCUCAUCGGGACGCUGGUUCUACCGGCGGCGAUCGCGUUUACAUUCUACGUGGUGAUCAACUCAAUUGUGCACCGGCCAGUGCAGGUGAUUCCGCUAGUGCUGCUGGCGCUGAUCCUGGGGCUGCCGGGGGUGCUGAUUGUGGUGACGGCACACAAGAUGGUGUACGUGCUGUGGAUGUUUAUCUACCUGCUGUCGCUGCCCGUGUGGAACUUUGUGCUGCCGACGUACUCGUACUGGAAAUUCGACGACUUCAGCUGGGGCGACACGCGGCAAACGUCCGAGGGGAAGGACAAGGGACACGAGGCCGGGGAGGGCGAGUUCGACAGCAGCAAGAUCACGAUGAAGCGGUGGCGGGACUUCGAGAAAGUAGAUCGCCGACUGCGGAUGCAGAUGCCGGGCUGGGGCCAGACAUCGGGGGCCUAUCCGACCUACCAUGACCCAUAUGGGGGGCAUUGA